AUGCUCACUGGGUCAGCGGUCCGAGCGGACAGGAUGCGAGGCGGCCGCAACAAAUUCGGCCCCAUGUACAAACGCGACAGGGCGAGAAAACUGCAAAUGAUGCGCCAACGCCAGCUAGCCGUCCAGACCUUGCGCGGCGUCAGCCUGGGCAGCGACAUCUACCCGACGCAGCCGGGCGCCUCCCCCUUCGCCAACAUCCACAUCAAGCAGGAGAUCCAGAUCCCGCAAGUCUCCUCGCUCACCUCCUCCCCAGACUCGUCGCCCAGUCCCAUCGCGGUGGCGUUGGGGCAGGUCAACGCGUCGCUCGGGCAGCAGCCGACCUCUAACCAGCCGCCCGCGCUGCAGAUCGUCAGUCUGCAGGGCGGCUCGCAUGCCCACAGCGCGCUCGGCCAUUCCGACGGGAAGGGGUGGGGGCAGGCCAACUCGACCACCGCGUCGCCGCAUUCGCUCAGUCCGAAGGUGUUCCAGUUCGAGACGGCGGUGCCGGGCGGCGGGGGCGGCGGAGGUGGUGCCCACGGCAACAAAGUGUCGCCCAUGAUCAGGGACUUCGUGCAGGCGGUGGACGAUAGGGAGUGGCAGAACUCGUUGUAUGGACUCUUGCAGAGCCAGACGUAUAAUCAGUGCGAAGUCGAUCUGUUCGAACUUAUGUGCAAAGUGUUGGACCAGAAUUUGUUCUCGCAGGUGGACGACCAGAUGAAGCUGUUGCAGCACUCCUGGUCCGACAUGCUGGUCCUCGAUCACAUGCACCAGCGCAUGCACAACAGCCUGCCCGACGAGACGACGCUGCACAACGGCCAAAAGUUCGACCUGCUCAGCCUCGGCCUGCUCGGCGUGCCGACCCUGGCGGAUCAUUUCAACGACAUCACGGCCAAGCUGCAGGAGCUCAAGUUCGAUGUUGGAUGGUGGAUGGAUAUUGACAUAUUCCCUCAUUUUCUUACAGAUGUCCGAGGCAUCACAAAUAGAAAACACGUAGAAGAAGGCUACGAACAGGUGCAGCAGGCUCUACUCGAAUACACGAUGACGUGUUACCCACAAAUACAGGAUAAAUUCAAUAAGAUGCAGCAGCUGCUUCCCGAGAUCCAUUCCUUGGCGUCCCGAGGGGAGGAGCACCUCUACCACAAACACUGCAACGGCAGCGCCCCCACGCAGACCCUGCUGAUGGAGAUGCUGCACGCCAAGCGGAAAUAACGCCCCCCGUCCGCCUAUUGUACCCCCCCAUCUCCCCCAGCCACGUUACCAUAUCUGUGUGCAAUACCGGCUUACACUCUGUACAUAACUUAUUAUUAUUAUUAUUAUUGAUUUUAUUGAAUAUUUUUCGUUUUUCAUUGGAAAUCUCAUAGUUUGUUGACAUUGAUGCCUUUUUAAGAAGUACAAAGAGCCACCACAUAUUUUUGUAUUGAGAUGAUUGAGUUUGGAGAGAUGUGAGAAGAAUCGUGAUUUGGGGUGCCAUCAGAAGAUUUUGAGUUGAAUUUUGUUUUCAAUUUUGUAACAUUGGAGCAUUGGUAAGGAAUCAAAUCGUUACUAAAUUUACAGCUAGUGCAUAUUUCAUCAGAAAAUUCCUCAGAAUCGCAUUAUAGAAAUCAAUUUUUCACUAAAAAUUUUAGAAUUUUUAACCCAAAAUCAUUUUUGAAUUCUGUCAAUGGUGCAUUUUAGACAGAUUCUUUGCCUUUACACUAUAGUGAAAACUCAUUUAUUCAUGCAAAGUUCUUCUUCCUUUCUAGGAAGUGUUUACCAAAACCUGUAUACAUAUAGGGUGUGAAUGAAUUAGUGCAAAUACAUUUAGGGAUCGCUUGUCAUAUUUUUUGAAAAAUAAUGUAUAUUUCAGUUGAAAUUUCCCCGAAAUUGCAUCAUAAACAUUGAUUUUCAAGUGAAUCGCAUUAGAAAACUCAAUUUAUAACUAAUACCUAAUUUCGCCACCUUGGAAGCUUAUUUAGCAUAAUUUAAUUGAUUGCUGAAAAUAUAGGAUAUGGUUUCUUAGCUCAUUUUGAGAAGAAAAGCUUUCAUGAACAUAUGCCAUAAACCUCUUAACUAUAAAACUAUAGGGUGUUAACAUUUUAUUUUCUCUUUUUUGAUUAUAGAAACUUUCACAAUGUGAAAAACUGUCACGUUUAUGAAUAAUGGUCAAAAUAAGAACGCAACGUAAUCGAUCGAAUGUCACUAUUUUAGAAACGAAUUGGGGCACUAAUUUCUUUAUGCCACAAAUGCAUGAAAAAAGUUUUUAUUUUUUUACGCGAAAACGGUUUGUCGAACGAAAAAAAAUUCAGGUAGUUAAAUUGUUGCAAAAUGAAUGAGAAUUUCAAAAAAGAGUUUCAUUCCCAGAAAAAUCAAGGGCGUACAACAUAUUUUUUCAAAAUCUCCAGGCAACAUCCCGAACGGAAGCCACUGGUAGAAAUAUUAAAAAACCUUUUGCAUCAAAAAUUGCCUAUUGGUGCUUUGUAGGUGCAUGUCAAAUUUCAUGAAAAUAUCUAGAA